AUGACAGACAUAGCCAACUUCAGAGAUCCCAUACUAUCACUAGUCCGCGACCCCAAUCUCAACAAGGACAAGAACAAAUCGAACCAAAUUGCCAACCUAAUAAAGGAAAUUUCCGAACGUCGAUUAAACAAACUUUGUUCAACAACAUACAUAAUCUUGCAAACUUUGGACAAGAUCCAACUCAAGUUCAAAAGCUGGGAGUUCCUAUCACUAGACUACAACUCAAACACGCAUUUCGAAAACAGUGAUGAUAGAAUCAAGAUUUUCAAUACUGGUGUAGCUGAUAAAGUUAUGCAAGCGUGCACGGAAUUGAAUUGGAAAAUGGCCAAGAUUACUGCUGAUAUCGAUUUGAUUAGCAAGUCAUCGCGGAGCUUGUCGGUACUGGACUUGAUAUCUGAUGAAGGGACGAUGUUGACGUCGUUGUUGUUGCGUGUUAUCAAGUUGAAGGAUGAGAUUGUGGAGCAAUUGUCGAUUUCGUACUCGAAAGCGAAAUUAAUUUUGAUUGGACGAGAUUUGGAGAUGUUGCAUAAGGAUGAUGACGAGGAUGAUGAUGACGAUACAAUCAAUUAUUACAAGACGUUUAUUGUUACGUUGUUGAGACAGUUGAAUGAUGCUAUUUUGGCUAAUGAUUAUGAUUCCAAAUAUGAGUGUCUUGCCGUGAUUAAUGAUUUGGAAAAGAUGUUUGAGAAGUACAAGAUGGAAAAGAUGAUUGAUAGGAGGAUCAAAGAGCAUGAUGAGGAAUUACAACUACAGCUACAGCUACAGCUACAACUACAACUGCAGCAGCUGCAGCACCAACAACAUACUCACUCACAACAUCACAAUCAUAACGCUGAAUCAACUCCUAAAUCCAAUUUGCAUUUUGGCUUUGACGACGACACGUCUUCUACCUCAGGAAGAGACUCUCAUGGGCUUGAAGAUACGUUUUCGGAAUAUUCCAUGACUUCAUCAGCUGCCGCUUCUGCAUUCCAAGGGCAAUUACCCAUGGUUCGGUCGAUUACACAACAGAGACACGGCAGACAAGGAUCUGGAACUGGUCAUGCAACAGGGGGAUCAAGAGAUAGUCGAGAUUUCUAUGAGUACGAGUUGAGUGGCAGUAGCAUGUACAAGUCCUCCAUAACGGAAGAAUUGCCCUAUUUGAGAACUGCAUUUGACUCAGCCAAGAAUUUCGACACAGAUGUUAGUCAAUACAGACAAGAGGCUGGAGUUGUGGAUGAUGGAGAUGAUUGUGGAUCCGAGAAGGAAAAUCAAGGUGCGAGGGGAGCUGUUAGAAUGCGCCGUAAAAAGAGAUUGCAAAAAAAGUCUAGACAACAACAACGACAACAUUACCCAGGACAAGAUGUGGAGGAUGACGAAGAAGCAGAAGAUGAGCAAGGCGCGGAAGCACAUUUGCUAAAACAACCCUUCUUUCACAAGGCUAGUCAUUUACCGCAAUCUGCGCUUUACACUGAGAGUCAAAUAUUACAACCACCAAACAUACCAAUGUCUGCCACGUCUUCCACAUCUGCCACGUCUACACCGGUGUCGUUUUUGGCUAAUAAUAGCUUAUUGAGGACUUUGGGUAUACGGCCUCAGGUGAUUAAUGUGCCGCAUGAGACGACUUUGGUGAAAAGGAGUCCGCAUGUGAGUGGGUAUAGCAGGAAACAAGUUGAUAUAAAGGAGAAGCAUGAGAAGGAGAGGAAUCAGCAGGAGCAGCAGCAGCAGGAGCAGCAAAGACCUCAGCAAAAGUAUUUACCAUUGUCUGAGGAGAACAUACUUCAUUUAAACCACGAGUACCUUGAUUAA